AUGCACGACUUCUCAAUCGCUCCAAUCUGCAGCAUCACCUCCUACCAUCAAGCGGUGGCUGCACUGCGGGAGCAGUUUGAACAAGAGAAGCGCUACACGAUGCGGAGCAUGGAGAUCUUUUUCGGCAAUCUACUGCAGCAAGACAUCGUCAGGUUGUGCGAAGGGCUCAACAGCAUCGACGCGCGUAGCGAGAAUGCUGACCUGGUGGCUCUCGCGUUCCUGUUCUACGAGAUACUCCACUUCCCGCAGGUCAUUCAAAACAGCGCUCAAUUGAGCGAGCUCUUCGCCAAGAGCAUCAAGGACCUCGACGAGGCGGAGGAAGUGGAGUGGAAGAUCUCCACAAAGUCGCCCGGCAUUUACAUGCUGCUCAUGCACCCAGAUGCCCGUGUGCGGUCGUGGGCCACGAGAAUGGUUGAGGAAUUGGGUGCCCUUUCGAAGGACGAUUGGCAACCGCACGUGCAUCCUGUCGCGGAGGAGUGCAUGCGAAUGCUCGAGUUUGGGGCUCUCGACGACUCCAUACAGAUCAUUGAACCGGGAGGUCAGGAGGAGGGCUGGCUGAUGUCUCACUCUCGAGAAGAGUUCUGGGAAGGCUUCGCCACCUUUUUCCACAAGUUCAGCCCCGAGUUGCUGGAGGAGAAGUUCAUCCGCAAGUACCCGAGCUUCGUGGACGUGCUCAUCAACAACUUUCAGAGCUACCCUGAAGUCUUCUCUAGCACUCUCAUGUGCAUCACAAAGAUGCUGCGAUUACUAGGUUACAAGAUAUGGCUCAAGGCGUCCUUCAAACCGAUCACGCUCAUUCAGGAGCUUUUCCAGCACUCGCUGCACGGUGCCAGUGCCGAGAAUCAGCUGAGAAUCCUUGCUCUGUUCAAGCCCCUGCUGCAGUCGCUGGAGCAAUAUGAAGGUUACAUCGACUACCGCGAUCAGAUACUCCUCUUCCUCACUCAGAAGGUGGCGAGUCUGCCCACCAUUUUUUCGGAGCGCGCUUUCUCCUCUGCCUUAUCCAUCAUCACAGAGAGCUACCAGAGCGAGAAGAACCGUACCGUGCCUCCACCAAUGCUCUCGUCCGCCAUCUGGGGACCAGCAAUAUGCAAAGCGUGCUGGAACUCCAGUCUGCCUGUCCAACAGCGCUCAGCGGCCAUCCACAUCCUCAAGCAGAUCAUCAACGAGGAUCUCAGCUCGCUCCGAAGCUUCUGCUCUUCCCUCUACUUCACCGAUGAGACGGACGGCACCCGGCCCAAGCUGUUCUGGACUCAGGAGGUGUGGAAUUACCUCUUGGGCGAGGCCAACCUUGCCAAAGGGAUCAGCCACGUUCCUCUCCCCUUGCAACAAGUGAUCUUCUGCACUCACAGCGACGUCGCGCUGCUGGACACCGAGCACAUGCCCGAGCUGGAGCUCCAAGACGCGGACGGCGACCUGGAGAUGUGCAAGCAGAGGAUGAAGUCUUCCUUGACCAAGAUUAACGCACAGGACGCCCAGGGCAAGACCGCCCUCCACGAGGCCGCUCGCUGGGGUCACCGCCAUGUGGUCGAGUUCCUGCUCGAGCAGGGCGCCCAGGUCGACCUCGCCACGACAGAGGGCUCCACUCCCCUGCACCUGGCCUCUCGCUUCGGACAGGACGACGUGGUGCAGUUCCUGGCGAGCAAGGGUGCUGACGUCAACGCACUCGACCAGGACAAGGACACUCCGCUGACGAUGGCCUCUGGUGCCGGCAAGGUGAGCACCGUGCGGCUCCUCCUGAGCCUGGGUGCGGAUGUCACCCAUCGCAACGCGCUCCACAGGACCGCCCAGGAUCUCGCCAAGGACCCGGCCACCGCCGAGAUCUUUACUGAGGGCAAGUACCAGUCGCCCACCCACUACUGA